GAUGUCGACUUGAUGCAAGCUUUUCCGGAAUGGGAGACCCAGAUUUGAGCGAACGGUGGUCGUAUAUUUUCGGAGCUGCUCACGCCUGGACAGAAGCCUCGCUGGGAAACAAAAAGGCAAGCGGCGGGGCCUCGCCUGACCUGCACCGCUCCCGCCCUCUUCUUCCCCAUCCCGGGGGCCUAGCGCUGCGGGGCUGCAGCUGUCCGGCUGCUAUGGGGCAGUAGCUCCAGGCGCGGGGACCGAUCUAGGGUCACAGUUCCCAGCCCAGGACAGGCCUCGGGGCAUCACGACGACGGUCGGAGAACGCGACUGACCGGCGGACAGACACAAGGACUAAGGCCUACAGCCCGUGGACCUGGUGACCCUCCCCCCCCAGAGGGUGUGCAGAGGGCAUACACGGUGGCCAAGGGUCCUACGGCGGCCCUAGAGAGAGACCCGAAGUCUGCGCCCCGGUACAGGGUCGGGAGAGCCAGCACCCGCAAGCGAGCCAGGAUCCCGGGACUAGGCCGCCUUAAAAACGUGACAAUAAAAUUAGGCGGCUGAAAAUUGGGCAUAAAGGCAUUCUUGGGGUUUUUAUAGCUUCCCCAAGAGCCGCCCGUGGCCGUGUAUCCAAGCCGCAGAUACAAAGCUCGAUUUAUGUAACUACAAAUAAAUGGCGGAGGAGCAGAUCGGUGGCGACCGCUUCUCACCACCGAUCACGGAGGCUCCAGGCUGCCGCGGGCCCCGCGAAGCGAGACCACCUGUGAGGGCUGCUGAGAUUGGCGGAGGCGAUCAUGUGGGCGGUCACGUGCUGCGGCGACCUCCGUCCAAAAGAAAAUGGGGUUUGGUGUAAAUCUGGGGGUGUAAUGUUAUCAUAUAUCACGCUACCUCGUAAAACCGACACUGAAAGCUGCCGGACAACAAAUCACAGGUCAAAAUUAUGAGUUCUUCGUAUUAUGUGAACGCGCUUUUUAGCAAAUAUACUGCGGGGGCUUCUCUAUUCCAAAAUGCCGAGCCGACUUCUUGCUCCUUUGCGCCCAGCUCGCAGAGAAGCGGCUACGGGGCGGGCGCUGGCGCCUUCCCUUCGACCGUACCGGGCUUGUACAAUGUCAACAGCCCCCUCUAUCAGAGCCCCUUCGCGUCCGGCUACGGCCUGGGUGCUGACGCCUACGGCAACCUGCCCUGCGCCUCCUACGACCAAAACAUCCCGGGGCUCUGCAGUGACCUUGCCAAAGGCGCCUGCGACAAGGCAGACGAAGGCGCGCUGCACGGCUCGGCCGAGGCCAAUUUCCGUAUCUAUCCUUGGAUGCGGUCUUCAGGGCCGGACCGAAAGCGGGGCCGCCAGACCUACACGCGCUACCAGACGCUGGAGCUGGAGAAGGAGUUCCACUUCAACCGCUACCUGACGCGGCGCCGCCGCAUCGAGAUCGCCCACGCGCUCUGCCUCACCGAGCGCCAGAUCAAGAUCUGGUUCCAGAACCGCCGCAUGAAGUGGAAGAAGGAGCACAAGGAUGAGGCUCCGGCCGCUUCCGCCGCCCCCGAGGGUGCCGUGCCCGCCGCCGCUGCAGCCGCCACCGCCGACAAGGCCGACGAGGAGGACGACGAGGAGGAUGACGACGACGACGAGGAGGAGGAGGAGGAAUGAGGGCUGGAGCCAGGGCCCUGGCUGCACCAGACAGUCCGGAAAGUGUCUUUAGAGACUGAUUUUAUUUACAAAAGUGGAAAAAAAUAAAAAGAAAAUGUUAAAAAGAAAAACACCCCAGUCCCCAACUUGCACCCAAUCUACCCCAUUACCCGCUCCAGCUCCCAGCUUAUUUGGACUGAGCAGCCACCUAGACUGGGGCCCCUUGGGGAUCCCCUCUGCCUUCGAGGACCACCCCCGAACAGACACCCCCAAUCCCAGUCCCACCAGCUUUGCUCUGGCACGGUUAAAAUACUACCUAGCACAGGCCUCGGGGAGAGGCACCCCCAAACUACCUAUGGGCCCAGCCCCAGAGGGCCUCCACUCCCAGGAAGCCCAGACACAUCCCAACACUGUCAGA